CAGGUCGGAUCGCAAAUAGGAUAUUCUUGAAGUACCUAAACAACACUACAGAUCAUACACCGAGAUGCGCAAGAACUACUGUCGUUUCAUGUUAAAUAUGUCUCGGUCCGGCAAAAUAAUUAAUUAAGUAUCUAAGGUAAUAUUUCCCCUGCCUGUACAAGUAUAUUACAGGUAAAUACUAUAUGUGUCUCAUCCCAAAGCCAUCUCUCAAAUCUGCAGCAACCGUGGUUGAGUGAUUUGAGCCUGGGCACCUAAAUGGACAGCCUCACCUAACGGAGUGGAGGUGACGGGAAAUACCUGGCCAUACCUGUGAAGAAUGCGGUGACUUUCACACCUGGUUAUUUUUGGGAUCGGACUUUUUAUCCUUGGAUUUUUUUAACAUGAACUUGGAACUUUUUUGGCUGACGCUGCUGGUGGCCGCCGGAAGUGCUCAGCGUCUCGCUCCCUAUUUGUAUCGAUGGCGUAAUAUGCAUGCCACACCGACCACAAGAAAAUUAGGUGGUAACCUUGACGAACGCUAUGUAAGCAGACAACCGCCAUUACGGAAUCAACUUAACAAAUUAAGACUUCAUUCUGCGGCUUCAAACUUAUACAAUCAAAGGUUAGCGUCGAGACUCGCGAGACAGCGAUUGGCUAACUCAUUUGCCAAUCAGAGAUUAACAACAAAUUUAGCCAAUCAAAGACUGGCGUUUGUUGAUCCUGUGCGCGGUAACAGCCAUUCUGUCAACUACCGCCCUUUGUCAAGAUCAGAGCAGAUAGCCCAGUAUUACAAAGGUAAAACUAGAAAUUUGUCGCAACUAAAGAUGUUUCCAGUCAGGGCCGCAACAACUUUCGAUGACGACGGCAAUUUCCAGAGCACAUCUUCCAUUGAUAGCGACAACUCGUACGCCAAUGAUAACAAGUUCUUCUUGACGCUUCAGAAAACACGGCAAAGUCUGGCUGGUGGGUUUUCAGACAGUAGUAAAUACAGCAUAAGUGUCAUACCUCGGGAAAACACUGCCGUAAGGAUUGUGCCGAAGACCUCACUCUGGGACAGACUGAUAACAUACUUACUGAACGACUGGGAAAGUCAAUAACAGAGCCAGCUGUUGGUCGUUUGGAACUACCAAAACCAGACGAUCAAAACGCCGUUGGCAUACCUUUCAAGUUAUUGCUCCAGAAAUAAAUAUCUUCAUUGGGGAUUUUGUCCUACAUAAAUACAUACAUAAUAUGCUACAAAGUACCUCAAGUACUUAUCGUAAAUAUAAAUGCAAAGCUUACACAGAUCACUCUCGUGAUGCUGUAUUAAUAGACUUACCAGCCACGCGCAUUAGACAGAGACUGACGAUGUCAGCGCAUGAGUGCUUUCUGCUUUUAAAGAAUUGUGUUUGCUUCGCUUGAAUUUGAGAAAUUCCCCAGUUCCUUUUUAUUACACCAGUGUCUUUUUAUUAAACCAGUGUUCUGUGACAUAAAAGAGGGCGGAAAAGGACGCGGAUUUUGGUGUUCCGUAGACUGAUAUAAAUCUGCCCGGGACAUCGCGAGUUUCAGGGCCAAAGGUGUGAUGUAUUAUUUAGGUCAGAAAAGCUCAUCAAUGACAUACUAGUGGUCAUCACACCUGGACAUUUACUAACCAGUACGGGUUCGGGAGCUCGCAGCUGACAGUUAUCUGAACAAAUGUCUAACCCAUUGACCCAUGCCAGCGACGAAAGAGUGAAACGGUUACAAUAAAGAAAGUGCUCCAAGUUGGUCCUGGAAAUCCAGUAGUGUAAAAAGGAUGAUUUUAGUGAAAUGUUGAAUUAAGGACCGACCGUUGAAGUGGACCGUCGCUUUAUAAUUUUAUAUGAAAUGGAACAGUGCGAUGUUUAUUGAAUGACGUAUUGUUACUUAUAUGACUAUAUAUAUUUAUAGUAAGCGGCCGUUGUGCGAUAGUCAGUGGCCACACAGAGCCAAGACCACCGUGUUCGGUAUAAUGAGUAGUAGACCCGGUAAAUGGCCCAACAUGGCCGCGAACAAUAAGCGGACGUGUUGGAAAUUAAGACAAAGUAUUAAAAUGGACUUACAGGCAA